UCAGCAGACUGGGAUUGGAUGCGGGCUUUCUAUGCAUCCUACCCAGGGGGGCAAGUUUGCUUCAAUCUGGAUGGUCCCGACGCCAUUGCCGACUCUAUUGCCGAUGUGGUGCUACAGGGGAUGGAACUUUUUGUGCCAUCAUCUGUGGCGCGCGGCGGUAGAUCCCGGCCUUGGUUCGGUCAUUCCUGUAAGUUAGCUUUACGCUACAAGCGGGAAUGUUAUCGUGCCUGGGCCGAAGCGUUGGCAGCGGGGGAUGAACCCACCAGAGAGCUCAGAAAGAAGUAUAACUUCGCCUCCAGGUCCUUCAAAAGAGUUAUUGCAAGGGCAAAGUCCGAACACGUGGCCAACAUUGGUGAGAAACUACUGCACCUUCCAUCUGGAACGCGUGCGUUCUGGUCUCUCGCCCAGGCUGUCCAAGGAAACUGCUGUCGCCCAUCACUACCAUCUUUGCGCAGGGGGGACGACUCGUUGGCCCACACCGCUAAAGAGAAGGCCGAUCUACUGGUAUCACUCUUUGCAGCUAACUCGACACUGGAUGACAGAGGUAAAUCGCCGCCCAAAAUCCCUGGCGGUGGGAUCUCCAUGUCGGACAUCCAGUUCAUCCAGAGGUCAGUGCGUAAGGCGCUGCAAUCUCUGGAUGUCAACAAGUCGAGUGAGCCCGACGGAACCCCUCCCAUUGUGCUAAGGACAUGUGCUCCUGAGUUGGCACCGGUCUUAAUGCGUCUCUUCCGGUACUCCUACUCCUUUGGCGUAGUCCCGAAUUCCUAGAUGACUGCCCUAAUUCACCCGAUCCCAAAGAAAGGCGAUAGCUCUGAUCCGGGAAACUACCGACCUAUUGCAAUUACCACUUUGUUCUCCAAAAUAAUGGAGUCAAUUAUUAAUUGCCAGCUGAUGAGGUACAUGGUGGUGAACCAGCUGUUAAGCGAUCGGCAAUACGGUUUCCGUCAGCGUCGCUCAGCUGGUGAUCUUCUAGCGUACCUCACUCACAGAUGGGCGGAGGCAAUAGAGAACAAAGGGAAGGCUUUAGCGGUCAGUUUGGAUGUAGCGAAGGCCUUCGAUCGGGUGUGGCAUAAAGGGCUUCUUUCGAAGCUCUCUUCCUACGGGCUUCCCGAAUAACUGUGCGCCUGGAUUGCCAGCUUUUUGGAGGGUCAGAGCAUUAAAUAA